GCGAUCCCGCGGGCAGGGCCGCCCUCGGGGCGGGGUCAAGUGGCCCAGGCGGGGGGUUGGAAGGGGUUGGAGGUCAGGUGGCUGGCGAGCGGGUGCAGGUCGGGUGCAGGCCGCGAGCCCCCAGCCCCAGAAUGGUGCAGGCCUGGUACAUGGACGAGUCCGCGGACGACCCGCGGCUGCCGCACCGCGCCGAGCCCAGCCGGCCCGUGGGCCUGGAGCAGCUGCGCCGACUCGGGGUCCUGUACUGGAAGCUGGAUGCUGACAAGUACGAGAAUGAUCCAGAAUUAGAAAAGAUCCGGAAAGAGAGACACUAUUCUUGGAUGGACAUAAUAACCAUAUGCAAAGAUAAACUACCAAAUUAUGAAGAAAAGAUUAAGAUGUUUUACGAGGAGCACUUGCACUUGGACGAAGAGAUUCGCUACAUCUUGGAUGGCAGUGGGUACUUUGAUGUAAGGGAUAAGGAGGACCAGUGGAUCCGGAUUUUCAUGGAGAAAGGAGACAUGAUCACUCUUCCCGCGGGGAUUUAUCACCGCUUCACCCUGGACGAAAAGAACUACGUGAAAGCCAUGCGGCUGUUUGUGGGGGAACCCGUGUGGACGGCGUACAACCGGCCAGCUGACCAUUUCGAGGCUCGGGGCCAGUAUGUGGAAUUUUUGGCACAGACAGCAUAACGGUGCUCCAUCUGCAGUGCUCCCACAAACCCCUUCACCCCCGAGGAAGGUCCUGACAUGUUAACUGUUGAAAAAAAAAAAAAAAGUCCAUCAUUUUCUCCUGGCUUUUAUACCCUAGACUUGCAGCUAGGUGAGGUUAAUGCAAAAAGCUGAUGUACCAUUUUUAACAGGGAAGCGACGGUUGAAACAUAAGACAAAUUAUGUUCAUUUUUAGUCAUGAAAUUUGCUCCUCCGUGGAUGGACGUGGAGAGUAAGCUGAGUGAAAUCAGUCAGAGGGAGAGGGACAGACGUAGAGUGAUUGCACUCAUUUGUGGAAUGAAAAAAAUUAACAACCCACAGUAUGUGAAUAAUAUUCAAAGACAGUAAAAACAAGGGCCAGUAGGACUGGUCUGUGGUAGGAAUUUUGUGACAAAUGGGGAGGGGGAGUGCAGUUUAAGCAGAGAAGGGACCAUUAUGACAAUGAUAGUUGGACAUUAUCAUUCUGGGCAAGACCUGAGUACUGAAAGGAGGUAAAGUGAUAUGCACGAUACUCUUUCAGGAACAGGAUUGCAAACCACAGUUCCUAAAAUGAAAAUAAAGAGAGAGAUAAAAGAAAAGUCUGCCAUAGGGACCAGAGCGAUAGCGCAGUGGGUAGGGCACGCGGCCCACCUGGGUUCAAUUCCCAGCAUCCCAUAUGGUCCCCUGAGCACUGCCAGGAGUACUUCCUGAGUGAAAAGCCAGGAGGAACCCCUGUGCAUCACUGGGUGUGGCCCAAAAAGCAAAAAAAAAAAAAAGUUUCCCAUAGAUGUGAGCUUUGGGGCUGCGGCAGGGGGAGGAGGAGGUGGGCAGGUGAUUGGGAGGAAAACUGGGACAUUGGUGGUGGUAAAUGUACACCAAUGAACACUGUAUGACUGAAACCUAAUCAUGAACACCUUUUUAACUGUAUAUCUCAUGGUGAUUCAAUAAAAAAGAAAAAAAUAUAUGUUCGUUUUCAGUAAUUCAAUAUGUGAGAUGUGGU